CCAUUGAUUGUUUACAAUGCGGAGGCCCAGUCAAGGGGCAUGUGUAGUUUGUGUGUAAACACGUGUGUAUUAUUACGUGUGCCGGUACUGUCUUAGGACCUGAUAGGCGGGCGAAUGGGAAACGGUGUUACUGUGGGAGCCAAUAGCUAUGGCCAACUUGGUCAAGGUCACACAGAGGAUAAACUUCUACCAGGGGAGAUAACUCCAACAGACAUCGGUAUCCGCAGCAUCACAGGAGGUGGAGGUCACACUCUAGCCAUCGAUGAUGAAGGUGAUCUGUAUGUGUGCGGAUCAAAUAACAAGGGUCAGUUGGGUCUUGGUCACACUCAUGACAUCACCACACUGACCAAGGUCAAGGUACCGGGGGACAAUGCUGUCACCAAGGCAACAGGUGGAUGGGAUUUCACCUUUAUUAUUACAGACAGAGGAGAGCUGUUCUCAAUGGGGUCAAAUGCCUUUGGUCAAUUGGGGAUGCCCGGCGCAAAUCAGGUCUCACUGCCGACCAAAGUACAAGUACCAAAAGAUGAGAAGGUUGCUGAUGUUGCUGCAGGGCUCCGACACGUUGUCAUGGUAACAGAUAGUGGCAAUGUAUAUUGCUGGGGUGCUGGGAGAAAAGGUCAGUGUGGAGUUCUAGCUGACAACAAACCACCAGCUAAACUUACAAGUCCUACUCCAGUGACCAUACCAGAAACAGCGGGAUGUGUAUGCUCGGUUGUCGCUGGAUCUCACCAUUCUGUGGCCGUUACAAACGAUGACCAGAUGUAUGUGUGGGGUUGUAACAAGUAUGGGCAGUGCCUUCAGGAUCCAAGCCACUGUAGUUCUGUCCCAACCCCCACACCUGCCCCACCCAGGGACUGGACACCGACUCACCUGAGCAGUGGAUGGACACACCUGUUAGCGAGGACAGCCGGAGGUAAAUUAUACAGUUGGGGCCGAGGUGACUAUGGACAGCUGGGAAGGCCCUGUGAUGGGUCAUGUGAUCACGUACCGACCCUUAUACCUGGCCUACCAUCUUUUCAAAGUAUUUCCUGUGGAUCUGAACACAACUUGGCAGUCAGUGAUGAAGGAUCUGUCUUCUCCUGGGGAUGGAAUGAACAUGGUAUUUGUGGAACAGGCAAUGAAGUAAACGUCUUCAAAACUCAGCAGGUGGCAGCACUCUCAAAACUCAAAGUCAAAUGUCUGGGAUGUGGAAAUGGACAUUCCUUAGUGUAUGGUUCUGAAAUAACAUAACACAAAAUAAACAAUUUCGAUUAUUUAUAUA